AUCUUGCAAUUAGUUUUGCUAUGGCCACAUAGCAUUUUUUAUUCUCCUCUUGCCUUUCAUUUCCUCAUGAAUGAUAAGUCGGAGGGAAUAAUUUGAUCCGGGAGUUCUGAUAUUCAUUGCAAUUUACUUGUUUUGGGUAAGUUGGUGUUAUGAAGUGUGUAAUUUGCCUCCUGAUCUUUCCAUGGCUUUUUUGCUGCAGAUUAACUACUGUUGAGGAGUUAACUAGGGCCACCAUGAAAAAGCUAACUCAGGGAAUGGCUGAGCACAAUAAAGCAAUGUCAGCUGCCAAGACUGAUGAGGAGAGGAAUACCAUUAAAACUCAGAAGCAGAACACUACAUCCGGACUGCGAACCUGCAAUAAUAUCCUUGCCAUGACUAAGCCAUUGCAUUCAAAGACACCUUCAUUUAUUGGAGACAAGAGCAUCAGCCUCUCCUGGAAAGAGGCAGUCAAAGCUUCUGCACCUGCAACAAAUACGGGGACUGGAGGAAAACGAUCCGCUAGUGCUGUGAAUGGUUCCAGUAAUGCGGCAUCAAAAAAAGGGACGUGGAGCGGGCGGUAUGCAAAACCAGCUUGUUAAUAGAGCAUUUGAAGGUUUGUCCCAGGGUGGGCGUGGUGGUGGGAGAGGAAGAGGAAGGGGUUGGGGUGGACGUGGAAGAGGAAGAA